AUGCCUAUGAUAAACGAUACCGACAACGAUAAGCAACACGACCACCACCACCACCACCACCACCAGCCAUCAUUCCAGACGAUGGGCAAUUGCGUUUCAAGAAGAGAUCACUGGGAUGCUGUUGGUCACCAGCAGCAGCAGCAGCAGCAACAGCAGUUGUCUUCUCUUCCAAUGAAUUUGGCAAUUUCGAAAGACCCGGGAACAACCGAACGACCAGCUACCACAAUGGAAGAAAUUAAUAUAUACGAUACAAUACAAAUUGAAGAUUUUCAUGCCCAUUCGUUUGUGCCCAAUGAGAUAAUUGUCAGCUAUGCCAUCGACAAUGGAGACACCAUUAAUCUGAAUUUGAGUGUACUCAAUCAGUUUCCGGGUAAACUGCUAAUGCACAUAUUUGUCCGUCAAUUGGCCAAUGAGCCGGGUGGCCAGUGGUCAAGUGAAUUGAUCAAAUUGAAGAAUAUGGAUUUCUGCAAGACAUUGGAAUCAUUGCGUAAUCUGACAUUAGAGGAAGUCCAGGGUGAAUCGGUUUUGCCACAAACAUUUCUAAUAUCGUGUCCAUUGAAACCGGGUUUCUACUAUGUCAAAGAUGGUAGAUUUCAGAUCAAACUAUUGCCUAUACAAAUUCCCAAUGGUCGUUAUUUGGUACAAUUUGAAUUGAUUCAAGUCUACGAGGAGGUUAUCAAAUUAUUAAGUUGUAGAAUCAAAUGUAAAAAGUUUGUGCCAAUCGAUGUGACUAAUCAAACAACUAAAUUCACUUGGAGUGAUGAAGAGGAAGAGAAGGUGAUGCAAAAGACUCCAACAAAGUCUACGAAUGAAACGGGAAUUUCAGGUGAAGUAGAUAAUGAGCAAGAAGAAACAGAAGAUGACAAUAAAGAAGAGCAGGAGGAAGACGACGAAGAGAACCAGAUGCAAGAGGAUGAAAAUGGGGACGAUGAGGAGCAAAAGCAGGAGGACGACGAGGAGCAGAUGCAAGAAAAAGAGGACGAGGAGGAGGAGAAGCAAGAGGACGAUGAGGAGCAUCAGCAAGAGGACAAUGAUGAGCAGAUGCAAGAAAAUGAGGACGAGAAGGAGGAGAAGCAGGAGGACGAUGAUGAGCAGAAACAGGAGGACGUUGGUGAACACAUGCCAGAGGACGAUGAGGAGCAAAUACAGGAGGACGAGCCAGGAGAAGAGGAGUAG